CAAUCCCAGAAUGUUCCGACUGGAUGUUUGACAUUGAGGAGAAUGAUGCUGAUUCCAUGAUGAUAAUCAUCAAACUCAAAGAAAAAAAUCCCAGUGGCAAUUCAAGUACCAUUGCUCCCUCCAUGUCUACGUCUAUCCCCGAUAUUUCCCCUAGCUCUAGUAUCCCUAGUAAUUAUGUUACGGAUAAAACCAGAGCUAUAGAAAAUAUUGAUGGGUACACACUUGAAUUCAGUGAUGGCUCUUCAUCUCACUGGAACACUGGUGUUCCAAUCGUCAUCAGCAACACACAAUUGAAACCAUGCACCACCUACCAAAUAAAUGUCAUUGCCACUGCCAACACCAGCCGCAUUUGUAGAUUAAAUGGUACCACAACCAGUUUCACAACCAGACACAUAGGCGAGAACGAGUUCAGCUCAAACGUGACCCAGAAAAAACGACACAAUUAAAAUGUGUUUUGGGACUCACAUGUGGAAUAUAAAGGACUCAUGGUGUUUCAAGGAGAACAAGACCUGUGAGGUGACAUCAUUAAUCAUACCUGUGGAAAACUGUGGUGUCACCAUAAAGCGUGUGCCCCUUGUUGAUCAGAUUGAUGUCAAUUAUUCGCCAAAAUACCCUAUUGUGAUUGAAUGGACAAAUAAUCCCAGUGAAUGUCAGAAUGAGACUUUGGAUUUAAACUGUACAGCACUAGAUGGUACAGGAUGGUACAAAACAUUUUCUUUGAAGGACCAGAUGGUAGUUGAUGAAUUAGAACCAUUCAAACAUUAUACCUGCAUCGGAACCUACAACAAAUCUAAUUUAAUCCUUCAGGGCCAAAUAAAUGUGUCCCUCGAAUGUGAUGUAAAGGUUACAAUGCAAGAGGUUACUGAAAAAACAAGCACGUCACUUACCCUCCACAGUACAAUCGAAAGUGAAAAGUGUGCAAAAGUAAAUUUCACCCGUCAUACCAUAUGUGUUAAGAAUGGUACUGUUCAUAAAGGUGCUAAUGAUUGCAGAACCGUAUCCAAUAACCGUACCCAGCAGUGUAUCAUAAGAGGUUUAGAACAUUUUACUAAGUAUGACUGUACCACAACUGUGACGUAUAGAUCAUGGCCUACAACAGUGGCUAUAGGGGACAAAAAAGAAAUCAGGACUGGAGCUGACAAACCAAUAAUAUCCGGUAAACCCAAAGUAAUAAAUGGGCCCACAAAUAACGCUUUAAGAGUAACAUGUGACCAAGUCAAGGUAAAGUGGAAUGGAGAGCAAACAAAGUAUCGUGUAAUAAUACGUUCUGGGACAGAGAAAAUUCCGGACAGAACAAACACGGCUUGUAGUUUUCUAUUUGAGGACCUCAGCUACUCAACAGAAUACACAGUGGUGUUUACAGCAGAAAAUUCGAAGCAUAAAUCAGCUGAAAUAGUUAUCACACAAUACACAUCAUACAAUGACAAAGCUGUCAUAGGAAUCUUGGCCUUUCUCAUCAUCCUGACUUCCAUCGCUCUCCUAUUUGUUCUGUAUAAAAUCUACAUUCUCCAGCGAAAGAAGACUAAUGACCGCUCUGAAGAAGUAAUCCCACUUUCAGCAAACCCCUUGAUGACAGUGGAACCCAUCGCUGCUGACAGCCUCCUAGAUGUCUACAAGAAGAAGAUCGCCGAUGAGGGCCGCCUCUUCCUGGCAGAAUUUCAGAGCAUUCCAAGGAUUUUCAGCAAUUACACUGUUAAGGAAGCCAAGAACUCCGAGAACCAAAUAAAGAACCGCUAUGUUGACAUCCUUCCUUAUGACUACAACCGAGUUCAGCUGUCGGCUGCUGGUGGUGGGGGAGAAGCUUGUGCGGACUACAUCAAUGCCAGCUUCAUCGAGGGGUUCAAGGCCAAGAAGUACAUUGCAGCCCAAGGCCCCAAGGAGGAGACCAUGCUGGAUUUCUGGAGAAUGAUCUGGGAGCAGAAGUCCUCCAUCAUUGUCAUGGUGACUCGUUGUGAGGAAGGGAACAGGAACAAAUGUGCUCAGUACUGGCCAUCCAUGGACAGAGAAACAGAGAUCUUUGGAGACUAUGUGUUGAAGAUAAAGAAAGAAGACCUCUGUCCCGACUACAUUAUCCGCCAUCUCACCAUAAUCAAUCGCAAGGAUAAGUCACCUGAGAGAGAGGUGACCCACAUCCAGUUCACCAGCUGGCCAGACCAUGGCGUCCCCAGCGAACCACACCAGCUGCUGAAGCUGCGUCGCCGUGUCAACAGCUUCAGCAACUUUUUCAGCGGCCCCAUUGUUGUGCACUGCAGUGCUGGGGUGGGCCGCACAGGCACCUACAUUGGCAUCGAUGCCAUGAUGGAGAGUCUGGAGGCAGAGGGCGUCAUGGAUAUCUAUGGUUACGUGGUGAAGAUGAGGCGCCAGCGCUGCCUCAUGGUGCAAGUAGAGGCCCAGUACAUACUGAUCCACCAAGCACUGAUUGAGUUCAACCAGUUUGGAGACACAGAGGUGCCCCUGGCAGAGCUGCAUUCCUCCAUCACCAUGCUGCAGCGCAAGGACUGUGAUGAGCCCACCCUAAUGGAGGCAGAGUUCCAGAGGCUUCCCAAGUACAGAAACUGGAGAACCUUCAACACUGCAAUCAGUGAGGAGAACAAGAAGAAGAACCGUGACUCAUCCUACAUCCCAUACGACUUUAACAGAGUUCUAGUGAAAAUAGAAGAGGAGACAAGCCGUGAAAGUGAUCAGGAAGAUGACGACGAUGACUACUCUUCCUCUGAUGAUGAUGAGGAGGAGUCCACCCAGUACAUCAAUGCUUCAUACAUCGAUGGCUACUGGAGUCCAAAAAGUCUGAUCGCUGCUCAGGGACCACUGGCAUGUACCAUCCCUGAAUUCUGGCAGAUGGUCUACCAGAAGAAAGUCAGAAACAUCGUCAUGCUCUCCAAGUGCAAGGAGGGUGACCAGGAGCUGUGUGCCGAGUACUGGGGCCAGGAGAAGAAAACCUACAAGGACAUCAGCGUAGAAGUGACAGAACCCAUCACCUCUCCAGCUUACAUCAAGAGGACCAUCCAGUUACAGCAUGCCAAGAGGAAAGAUGCUCGGCAGGUGAAGCAGUACCACUUCCAGAACUGGCCAGAGCAGGGUUUGCCCCAGAACCCCCAGGAGCUGAUGGACAUGAUCAAAGCCAUGAAGCAGAGCAUUGGCAGCAGCAGGACGGACAAGAGCGUCCCGGUGGUGGUACACUGCCAAAACGGAACUAGUCGCACUGGCAUUUUCUGUGCCCUGUGGAACCUUGUAGACUGCACAAACACAGAGAACCUGAUGGACAUCUUCCAGGUCUGCAAAAGUUUACGCAAGGAACGUCAGGGAAUGAUCUCCGAAUUUGAACAUUACCAGUUCCUGUACCAGGCCAUGGGGGGAGCCUUCCCCGUGCAAAACGGCGAGGUCAGGCAGACUGUGCCGGCUGUGGACUCGGUGCAGAUUGUGAAUGAGGUUCCUGCAAGCACUACCACCGAUGACCAGAAGGUGGCGGAAACCGCACCAGUGCAAGCAGCCUCCUCAGCGGCCCAGGAAGAGUCGAAGGAGGACGCUGAGAAAGAGAAGGAAGCAGAUAACGCUGUUGAGAGUAGCAGCUUGCUACCAGCAGGGGGAGCCAGUGAGGCGGUUGAGGCAGCAGCCCAGCCCAGUGCUGCCAAUGGCCCAACUAUAACAGUUGAUGUUUGAGAGAGGGAGUGACAGAUUACAGUCAAUGAGUUACAGCUGUAGCAAAUUAUCUUGUCAGAGGCUUAUUUGAAUUGCUUGUAUAAAUGAAUAAAUAACAGCUC